GUAAAAUCGGGCAAUUUGGAUUGAACUUUUGAAGGUAUUGCCGCCCCGAAAAUUUUGAAUGGUCCAGUCAUCGCUGCUCCGUCAUCUCUGCAUUCGUACCUGAAUUUGUCGGUGUUAAAGGAUUUGCGUCAAUGGCGAAACGAAGGGCUAAAAAGACGGUUAAGAAAGCCGCCGCCUCAUCGCCGGCGCGCAAUGAAAAUGGUAACGACUUGAAGGAUACCCAAAUUGAGGACAAAGAAGCUGCAAUUUUGAUCCGAGACGUUGAGCGAAGAAGUGGAGCUGUUAGGGCCAUGCGUGAUGUGGAGAUUGAGCAUUCGCUAACUGCCUUGCGUUUGCUCCGUUCCUACUUCACUGAGGAGCAGCUUCAAACACCUGUGCUUCAGUUUUUCAAAGAAAACCUACCAAACCUGUCCAUUCUGAAAAAUAAAGAAAGUGGACAGUGUGAGGUGCAAUGGAAUGAUCGAUUUGAAAAUUUAUCUAUGAACCAUGGUGAUGAGAGAGACAUAAAUGCUUCCCUUCUUCGUCGCUUAUCCAUGGUUCAUCCUAACUGCUCCAACAUUCCAUUGUUUGCUGGCAUUGAUUUGCCGAGUGAAGUGAAAACGAACCUUUUCGGUGCUGAUAAUCUGCAGUUCAGGGACUUUCUUAUGGAGGGUCCACCCGACUAUCAGAUGCCAGGGAUGCAUGAUGGUCUUCGAACUCCUGGGGUUAGCAGCCAAAGGUUGUCUAUUGGCAUGACACCCAAAACACUACGAGUUCCUAAACCUGGUGAAAUGCUUCUUUCUGUCCAUGGAUCUCCCCUCGGUGUCUACAAGGACGAUAACAUGGAAGCCAUACAUGAGUCGGAAGAGGGUUGAAUGGCUUCAAGAAUUAGUUAUAGUUCAAGGAUAUACCACACCUGUGACUCGAAGAUGGUUUCCUUGUCCUUCUAUCCUUGUAUGAAAAUCCCUGUACUAUAAUAUAUGGAAUUAUGAUUUAGAUCCUAUGUGGAGUGAUGUCCAUUGAUCGUGUUUCGUAAUAACAGAAGAGUUGGAAGAUUUUUUUGCCUCA